UACGCUCUAAAAAAAAUCAAAGUACCAUUUCUUCUGUCAUGUAAAUUAUUAGUCAUUAUCUAGUCUUUUGAAGUUAAAAUUUUAGUUUUUCGAUUUUAAGUUUAUUCAUUUUGUCCAAAUUUUUUACGUGGUGCCAUUUCAAUUAAAUUAAACAUGAGUACAAACAAUAAUGAAGAUAAUAACUCCGGGGACAAUCCCUGCCCCAAAUUACCUUGGAUGAUAGACUUUCACAGCAAAAAUGAGAAACUAUUAAAUGGCCAAUGGAGUGCCGCAUACGCAGAUAAUAAAUUAGAACAUCUGUGCAAAUUGAGUUUAGAUUCGGAUCCAUUGAGAUGUAGGAUGACAAAAAUCAUGUGUACAAUUGGACCCAGUUGUUUUGACAUGAAAACGAUGAUAAAUCUCAUGAAGGCUGGUGUAAAUAUAUUUAGAAUAAAAAUGUCACAUACUACAGUAGAAUUUGCCCAAGAACUUGUGCAGAAUAUUCGGACAGCUAGAGACAAGUACAGCCAGCAAAGGGGCUACAUGUAUAAUAUUGCCAUUUGUUUUGAUCUCGAGGGUCCCGGUUUCUAUACUGGUAAUUUGGAAGAUAGUACUUCUUAUCAACUUGAAUUACGCGAAGGAUUUCAUACAGUUCUAACUGGCAACAAAAUGUUUAAAGAAUUUGUUAACGAAGAUGUUAUAUACGUGUCGUGCGAUUUGGUACAAGAAGUUGUUAAACCGGGAGACAAAGUAUACCUCGAACAUGGCGCCAUUGUCUUAGAAGUUUUGGAAAUUGAUAGGGGAGAAGUCAAGUGUAUUGUUAGACAAGGUGGUUAUCUUACGAGUAAAUCUACUGUAGAUAUUCCGGGAAUACCAAUAAUGACUGAUACUGUAACAGAAAAGGACGUUCUUACACUUCAGUUAGCUGUACAGUUAAAAAUUGACUCAGUAGUCCUGUCUGAAGUGAGAAAUUCACAAGUUAUAAUAGAUGUUCGAACUCUCCUAGCCGAUAUACCGGGUGGUGUUGGAAUGGUAUUAAUUCCAAAAAUUGACUUUGCUGCUAAUAUUGAUGAAUUUGAUAAAAUAUUGGAGUUAUCGGACGGUAUUUAUUUCUCGAGAGAACGAUUGCGAAUCGAGAUAACUUCCGAAAAAUUAACCAUAGUUCAAAAGAUGGUAAUUGCAAAAUGCAAUAAGGCAGGAAAACCAAUUUGUUGUGCAAGUUCACUACUAGAAUCGAUGAUAACUCUUUCAAGACCCCUUAAAGCAGAAUUAACAGAUGUUGCAAAUGCUGUAAUGGACGGAGCGGAUUGUUUGGUACUUUCAAGGGAAACUUCUAUCGGUGAUUCCCCAACUAGUGCAGUUAAAAUAUUAUCAGGUUUAGCUUUGGAAGCAGAAAGUGCCGUUUAUGCACGUGAGGUUUUUCAAAAUUUAAUCAGCAAUUAUGAAACACCUGUUGAACCUGAAAAGGCCCUUGCCUUCUCAGCUAUUAACUUAUCAAUGCGUUGUUAUGCGGCAGCCAUUAUUGUUUGUACUGUUUCGGGGAAAUCCGCAAGACUUCUUUCAAGAUACAGACCGCGAUGCCCAAUUAUUGCCGUUACACGAUAUGCCAAUGUGGCUCAAAGGCUUAAUAUGUGGCGAGGAGUGUUACCAUUUUUAUACUUUAAACGUCCCAUAUGUAAUUGGAAAAAAGAUCUGGAUACGCGAAUACAAGUAGGGAUGACUUAUGCUAAAUUAAAUGGAAUUGUAAGAGCUGGAGAUGCAGUUGUAGUUGUUAAGGCCUUACGGCUAGGAUCAGGAUUUACAAAUUCAAUGCAAAUUGUUUAUGCGUCUGAAUUUGACGCUCUUCCUCCAGACAAACCAUGAUUGCCCAAAUAUAGAUUACAAACGUCAAGUAUGUACAAUUGUUAUAACAAAUGUUUCAUUGAAGUCCUUUUGUUUUGUACCAUACCUUUUUGUUGAUUUUAUUUGAAUGUGUAAAGGUAAUUAAAUAAUUGUUAACAUGCUA